UUGAACCUAACUCCGGUACUCUAUACAUCAUCAGCGUCGCCCGCCCACCGACACCGCAUGCUGUCCCUCUCUAACACAUUGAUACACACAUACACCCGUCCCGCUCGCACAGCUGGCUCCACUCGGCCUUAUAGUCAGCUGGACGGACUCGCUCGGAUGGAAUCGACUUUUUAUCAGGCUCGUGUGGCCCCGCCCACCGCGUUGAUUCAACCAAUCACAGCUCGCGUACCGCCGGUGGGCGUGGCCAGCCACAAUAUGGCGGACACUCGCCACAGCUACGUUAACAGACGCCGUCGGCGAGCGCGUCACAGUUAA